GUGCCGUCUCUCGUGGAUCGUUACUUCACCCGCUGGUACAAAGCGGAUGUCAAAGGAAAACCCUGCGAGGACCACUGUAUACUACAGCACUCCAACAGAAUAUGUGUCAUCACGUUGGCAGAAUCUCACCCAGUUCUUCAAAGUGGAAAAAUAAUUAAAAGCAUUUCUUAUCAGAUCAGUACCAACUGUAGCAGGCUUCAGAACAAGGUCUCCGGGAAAUUUAAACGGGGGGCACAGUUUCUAACAGAAUUGGCACCUCUGUGUAAGAUUUCCUGCUCAGAUGGAGAAGAAUAUACCAUAUCUAGCUGUGUUAGAGGACGGUUGAUGGAAGUGAAUGAAAAUAUUCUCCAUAAGCCAUCUAUCCUUCAAGAAAAGCCCUCCACCGAAGGCUACAUUGCAGUUGUGUUACCCAAAUUUGAAGAAAGUAAAAGUAUAACAGAAGGGUUACUGACACAAAAACAAUAUGAAGAAGUUGUGGCGAAACGUGUUAAUGCCACCACGGCCACGUCAUGAGUUGAGAUGAAGUGAAAAGCAACAUAGGAGUCUUCUUAUCCUUGCCUGGCCCACACCAUCAGUGUGAGGAGAAGACCCAGUUUAUGUGAUGUAUGCUUCCCACCCAGCCAUCCUUGAGGGACGCCUAGGCCUGCACUUCAUCUAGUUUCCCCUCUUUGUCUUGUGUAACAAGACUGGGUUACCCUUUGUCUUCAACCUCCUGGAUCUGCCCAGACCAUGUACUCCCUGGCUCUGUUCGUGUCUUGCAUCUCUUUAAUAACUAAACAAGCAAGGGAUGUUUUCCGGUUAAAAGCAAAGCCUGUGAGGAAAACUUACAUAACACCAAAUUUUAAGUAGCCAAGUAAAGAGAAUUGUCCAAAUUUAUCAAAUAACCUAGGAGUAAAUACUACAUCUUGACAUACUUCUGUUUGAAUAUUAUGGCAUGGUUAUUAUAGGCCUCAAUUGUCUUAUCAGUUUGAGGUUAAAACAAAAAAGAAACCCUAAUCAAUGUUUCUUACUCAGUCUCAGUAUGACACUACUAAGAAAGUCCAGGCCUGUCCCUUCUGCCUCAGCUUCUCUCCCUGAUGUUGUAGAGGAAAGGCACAGAGUAGAGUAUGCCUUCUCACCUCCUCAUGCUGAUGGGAUGGCCUUUCCCUCUGACACAAAGUCGAACUGUGACACUGUGACUUCUUAAAGAGAGACGCAUGAAGAGACCAGGCCGUGGGUGCAGCAGCAAAAUGCACACUCUGAGGCAAUCUCUCACAAGAGGGUUCCUGUUCAAGUACAGAGACCACUCAGUAUGCUGGGCAAGCAUAUGCCCCUGAUCUGGGGCUCACUAAAUGCUGGGGUCAGAUCACAGGGUCAAGACCCUGUUGGGGAUACUGUUUUUCUGCCUCUUUCUCGCUCAUGGAAGAAAUCAACAAUAAAAUAAAAAGGGCUUUCCUAGCAAAUGAAAGUAUAAUACAGUGUUUAGUCUUACAAUUCAUACACUGUAGUUCUCUGUCUCACCUACUCCGGUUACAGGGACCAGCAAAGAAGUUACUAAGAAUAGGUCUUUGGGGCUGCCUUGCCCAGGGAGGGGGUAGCCCUUCUUUCCUUUUGGGUAACAGUUCUCUCUUUUCUCUUGGAGGAAGGACCGAAACUGUCCACCCAUUUCCUCUCGUGGGGCUAUUCCACCUAUGGAGUACUCAUUCUAUAUACUUUCCUUAAUAAACUUGUUUUUACUCUCCCUGAAAAAAAAGAGAAGAAAAAAUAAGUCAUUCAAAGACACAGAUGCCUCUGUAUAAAACACAAAGGCUUUUCACAUCAUUUAAAGUUUGAAA